AACACGCGAAUUAUUAUCGCAAUAAAUUGAAAAAAAUAUACACAAAUGAUAUAGACGAAAUGGUUGCGAUACUAGCCAAUCCUAAGUGGAGCGAAGACCUCACCAUCCAAAUGAUAAUUGAGUACGAGAAACGCGAGUACCUCUGGAAUCCAGUGUCCGAAAACUACAAAAACAAGAAAGUACGCGAACAAGGAUACGUUGAAAUAAUAAAAACCUUGAAUCUAGUUGAUAUAACGGUUAAAGAACUGAAAAAUAAGAUAAAGAAUAUACGAUCGUCGUACAGCGUCGAGUUGAAGAAAAUUCGCGCGGCGAGGAAGGCCGGCGCGCAUGCGUACCGUCCAAGCGUCACGUGGUUCGAGCACGCAGACAGGUUUCUGCGGGCGAUCGUCACUCCGAGCUCCGUGGACAACAGUCUUCUCGAAAUACCAAUGAGCGACGACAGCGAUGCCGUUCAAGACUUGAGCGAACGAAAAUCGCCCGAAAAGAAGAGCCCACGAAAACGACGCAGUUCAACGCGAUCGUCAACUCCGUACGUUUUAAAUACGCCAUCCCCUCGACCGAGUACGCCCUUCGGGCUCAAUCAAACUUCGUCCCCAUUCGGGAUCCUGCCGACCUCGACGUCCGCUCCAUUUCUUAAUCCCCCUGUCGGUAUAGCAACGCCACUAACUACAUCGCUCGCAACGAUUUAUCCGGUGCCGGCAAAACAAAAAAAGAGCAAUUUCGACGAACGAAGCGACCAGUCAGAAACAGCGCAAGAUUUGAGUCAGCAUUCUGAGAACGGGAACGAGAAUGAAUUCGAAAUGUUCGGCAAAUUGAUUGCGAGUCAACUUCGCAAAUUGCCUUUGAGUUUGGCUUUGGACACGCAGUUAAAGAUUCAAACGCUUGUGAAUGCGGCGAGAAUACAGGCUGUAUAUCAGCAGUAUAGCUACGCGGGCCCGUCGCAGGAGGCGCUGUCAGUGCAGGCUCUUUCAAACGGUAUAUUAGCAAGCAUGGCCUCACAAAGCCCUUAUGCAUCGCGUGUAAUGGACAUGAGAAAUGAUUCGCCCGACGAUUUGAAUAGAGAUCUAAAAACGGAAUAUUGUGUAGGAUCUGAAGUGGAAGAUUAGUGGAUGAAUUUGAAAUACGUUGAAAGUCUUCGGACGUAAAAUACGAGUAGCACUGCUCAUAUAUCGAUAAAAAUAUAGAGUUCUAAGUAGUUGCCGUAACUUCAAACACUAGGACUUCAAAACCUUGUAUAUUUUUUCUUAGUUUUAAAAUGAAGUAAAUUAUGAAAAAAAUAAAACAGAAAAUAAUCUAUGACAUACAUCAUGCCAAACAAUUUGCAAAGCUAUUUCUGAGACAAUAGUGAUUUUAAUUUUGGUUAAAAUCCAAAUAUAUAUUUAUCUUGUCAAAUCGUUGACAAAAUCAGUGCCAAACACGUCUCCAAGAAUGAUAGCGGCAUAUAUGUUAAAGUAUUUUAUAGCACACGACGAGUACCAAAUAUAAUAUACCUAUUAUAGAUAAUUUAAAAUAUAACGGCGACUAUCUUGUAAACUCAAGUAGGUAUGUGUUUUAGAUGUUUCUAUAAAUGUGAUAGAUGUUAAAUAAGCCGCGAUUUUAUACAUGUAAUAGUGAUGAAAUGCCAAAGUACAAAUUAUAUACAGAAUUACUUAUAUACGUGAAAGAAAAAUAUAAUAAUGAAAUGUGACAUCAAAACAUAUUACUAGUCUUUGAUUCGAUGUUAGAUUUUCAUGUUCGGCUGUG